AUGUCCGUAAUGCCGGUCGCGAACCACCGCAGAUCCUCGCAUUGCAAGUUGAUGUCGCCUCUGAAGAGUCGCUCUGAAGAGUCGGUCCGCACAGCUGCCCGAACAGUCGGUCAAGCAUUUGGUGGAAAGCUUGACAUUCUCAUCAACAAUGCGGGCUAUUUACCUGAGUUCAAAUUCAUGACUGCAUCUGGCCCGGCAGACUGGCGGAAAGGCAUGUAG